UGUUUAUUCUAUGCAUUUUGUUUUGACACUAAAUAUGAAAUAUUUUUAUAUUUUCCAAAUAUAUAUGUACUGUUAAAUAGAUAAUAUGCAUUGACUUCAAAUAUUUUUCCUUUUUGAUUCAUUCCAGGUUUUAUCGGCUUAUUGGAUAACUUAUUUAGUUAUUCAUAAAUGGAAACCAAGGAUAUCUUUAAGACACCCUCUGAAAUAACAGUGCUACCCCAUAAAGUCGGUAUUUCUUCAGAUUUCAACAGUAUUGAAAAUGAUCCAGACUGUGAUAAAAAUUCUUUGGAGAAAGUCGAUAAACAUAAAAUAAUCACUUUAUUUGUUAGAGAUAUACUGAAGUCCGAAAAACAAAACGAUUACUUUGUCAUUGGUAAUCAUAAGUUUAAAUUUGUGCAAAUAUUUGGAACAGUUGUAUCAAAAUCAGUUACAAAAAAGAUGAUGUUUGUAGAAGUUCACGAUGGGAGUAGUUCAAUAACUUGUUUUCUGGAAGACGAUUGCUUUUGUCAACACCAAGAUGAGAACUAUGAACGAUUCCAAGGACAGGAAAAAAGCAGCGACAACAUUUUUCACGCUGCUACAGUAAUUUUAUUUUCAUCCCUGCGUUAUCUCUCUUCCAGAUUUUUUCUGAAACACCCGAACAGUGUAAUGCGAGGCGACAUAGUGAGUUAA